UGGAAAUUUUUCUGUUCCCCUUUUUUUUCGUUUUUAAAAACAAUAAAAAUUCCAAGUAAAAUUUCGUAAAUUUUCGCGUUUCUGUGCAACGCGUUGUCCUUUAUUUCGGUGCCAUGUUUGGACUAUCGCGUCAACUGUUCUUUCGCGUCGCCCGUCGGACGCAACAGUGUCGCAGAUAUGCAUCGCAAGCCAUCAACGCUAUGCUGCAGCUGCAGCAGAUGGAGAUCUGUGCGGACCAACCGUCCCGAGGCCUGGUAGUAGGGGUCUAUGCAGAUGAGAAUGAUAAGAACGAUGCUGGCAUCCUGACGCCCGCCGGCUGGCGAUACAACUUGACGAAGACGAACGGACGCAUGAUCGAGGUACUCCGGAUGUCUGGACCCAUGCCGAAGCGUGGCGAGGCACGCCUACUAUUUGCCGUUGAGCCGGACCGUGUACCGUACUAUUCGGUAGUGGCUGUUGUGGGCCUAGGCAAGGAGUGUCUCGGCUACAAUCCCUAUGAGGUUCUGGAUGAACAGAAGGAGGCAAUAAGACGCUCGGUGGCUGAGGCUUGCAAGACGCUGGCCGAAUUGGACACAGAUCGUAUUGAGGUAGAGAACUGUGGUCAUGCCGAAUCCGCUGCGGAGGGCGCAGCUCUUGGUAUCUGGGCUUAUCAAGAAUUGCGCGACCCCAAGUCGCGCAUUUCCGUGCCAACCAUCGAUUUGUAUGCCACAAAGGACGACAUUUGCGACCUUGAGGGCUGGCGCAUAGGCCUGCAAAAGGCAGCUGCGCAGAACUUGACGCGACAGCUGCAGGAGAUGCCUUCGAAUCUACUGACGCCCACCGCAUUUGCACAGAAUGUUGUCGAGGUUCUGUGUAAAUCGGGCGUGAACGUAGAGGUCAAGGUGGAGGGCUGGGCCGAGAGUCAGUCCAUGCAUGCCUUCCUGGCAGUAGGCAAGGCUUCCUGCGAGCCGCCAAUAUUCCUGGAGCUGAGCUACUAUGGCACCUGUGCCGAAGAACGCCCCAUUGUUCUGGUCGGUCAGGGAAUAACCUUCGAUGCAGGAGGUCUUUGUCUGAAGAAGCGGGGUGAGCUUUUCCAUAUGCGUGGCGAUAUGACCGGAGCCGCUGUGGUGGUGGCCACCUGUCGUGCUGUAGCCGGUCUGCGACUGCCAGUCAACAUUCGUGGCUUGAUCCCGCUGUGCGAGAACGUAAUUGGUUGCAACUCCUUCCGCCCCGGCGACAUGGUGAAGUCCAUGAACGGCAAGACCAUUGAAGUUCAGUGCACGGAUCACGAGGAUGUUCUGGUUCUGGCCGAUGCUUUGCUAUACGGACAGAACUUCUGUCCCAAGUGCAUCAUUGACAUUGGAACCUGCUCGGGCUAUAUGCGGCAGGCACUCGAUGAGGCGGCCUGUGGUGUGUUCACCAACUCAGAGAUUCUCUGGCAGCAGAUCAAGCACGCCAGCAUGCAUACCGGAGAUCGGGUCUGGCGUUUCCCACUAUGGAACUAUUACAGCAAGGCAGUCCGCGCAGGUGGACGCAGUGAUGUGCAGAACUAUGGUAUUGGUCGUGGUGGUCGUCCCUGCAAAGCCGCCGCUUUCCUGCGCGAGUUCGUGCCUUGUGGCCAAUGGAUGCACAUCGAUGCCACCAAUGUCAUGGUAACCAACGGCAAGGACUUCGAAUACCUGCGACGUGGAAUGGCCGGACGCCCAACACGCACAGUAAUUGAGUUCAUUGCACAGACGAUCUGCAAGGACACUGCACCUAAAAUGGGCAAAUAAAUGGUGGGCAAAUGAAUUUGGACAGCGGGAAUCUAGGAAGUUCAAAGAAGCCGUAAAGCGCUAAGAAAUACGAAAAAUGGCAAAGAAACAAAUCUCUUGGUGAAUUGCAACUUUUGGUUUAAAUAGUAAACAAUGUCAAUACAAUUUUCCAAGUUCAAAAUGAGGUGAAAAGUAUCAAUAAAAUAAAUAUGUUCAAUAUGUUCAAAUAAAA